UAUUAUAGUAUUUUUCCAUCACAUACCUGGAUUCACUUUCCUGUCAUACGAAGGUGCUUAUAUAUAUUCCUGUCACAUUUAAUAAAACAGAUGUGAAUUACAAUGGUUCUCUUCAACUCUUCAUAGAAUACAUGCAUAACAAAUUCCAAAGGAAGAAUAAGGAAAGCAGCUCCCUCUGAAGUUUAGUAAUGAUCUAUGAUAGAUCAAGACAGGAGUAGUGUUAAGGUCAGUACAAAAGUACCCUUGAGAAUUUUCUUCUUCCCUUUCAGGAAGAGUGUUGUUGUCACUAAAUGUAAACCUUAUUAAAUCCAGCCAGAAAGCACUGUGUGGUGGUGCAAUAUGAACUCUUAAAAAGUAAAGCCAGCAGUAAACCAUGUGAGAUUGAAACAAAUUAUGUAUGUCACUGAACUUAAUAUUUUCUAGCUGACUUUUCUUUAAUGCCAGAUUUCAAAAGAGAACAGAGAUGAUGAAAACAUACAGGAUUUCAGGCUUGCUUAUGUACACAACUCUGUACUUGCUGCCUCUCCUUUGAAACUGAGUUAUGGUGGAGAAGAGAUAAAUACAACAAACUUGUGGAACAGGUAAUACUAGGGUCAUAGUUUAAAGAAAUCUCAACCAAAUUCAUGUAAUUCAAGAGUUGUUUAUAAAAGAAGCAUAAAUGUUUAUGAACUACAAAAAUCAGAUGCAGAUGGAAGUGACAUGAAGUAUGCAAUAAAAGCGCAUGUAGUCAGUCUGGGACAGAUUACUCACAUGAACAGGAUAAGAUCUCAAGUUCCUUUGACUUUUUUAGUACUAAUAUCAAUGAAAUCCAUAAUCUUUAAUCAUCACUGUUAUAUUGUUUUAGGAUGUCUUCAUCUUUACUACAUAUUUAAAAAUAUCCCUUGAUUUUACCUCUUAAAAUGUUAUCAGAACUUUGUUUUGGUGGUGUUAACAACAUGAUUUUUUUAUGAUCCAAUUCUGUUAAAAGCAUUAAAAUGAAUGAACAUGCCUAUAGCUUCAGCACACAUAAUGUGUGACUUCUAGGAAUGAAAGUUCUUUGCAACCUCCUCCAUAUCACACGUUCUGACACUGAGUAUGAAGGCUUUCAGCCUGCUGUGGGUUAGCUUUGUGCAACUAUUUAAGAGUAAUUUUAAAAUGGAAUCUAUAAAUCAUCCUGAUUAAGUUCUAGUGAUCGCAUUUUCAAGGUGUUUGUGUGGGUGUUGUGGUGUGAUUGUGAGUUCUGUGAUAACAGUGGGUAUGGGAGCACAGGAAUAUGGCAUUUCAUGUGCACUUGUCUCAUUGGUACAUACAUUUCUGUGAAAACAAAUGUAUGCGACUCAAAAUUAGGACUCAGAAUUUGAAAUUAAUCUUACACAAAUGGCAAGAAUAAUUCCUAAACUGAGUGGAUUUUACCUGAACAAGUUUCUGGCAUGGAUAAAAAAGAAGGUCCGUGUCACUUUGCUUUCAGUCUAUGUAGCCUGCUGUUUCAGUGAUCUGUGAGAAUCUUAUUGAAGGGAAAUGAGCGAUACGCUUUACUCAUAAUUAUCAUAAAAAGGGUUAAUGUAGAAUGUAGAGGUGACUAGAUAUGUUAUUUUAUUACAAUAAUAGACUUACUGAGGAAGAACUCUUUUAUGGCACAUUCCAUUAUUGCUGUUUCAAACCCAUAAUUUGAAGAUUACUGCUCAGAAACCCAGACAGAAGUGAUUUUACAAUCAUCAGCCCAUUAAAGGUUUAAGAAUUGUCUGGCUAGAUUAGAAAGAACUUAGUUGUGGAAAAUGUUGUGUGAUUUAUUAUGCUCCUUAAAAAGUGCAUGGCCACGUGCUGGUAGGGCUGGGUGAGCGGGCAGAAGGGCCACAGGUCCUCCCAUGCUGCGUGCGGGGCCUCCUCACCUCCCAGCAAACCUGGUUUGCAUUGAUCUGCUUAAUAUUUCUGCAUCUUUAGCAUAGUAGGCGUAUUUGUUUUAACAUUCAGUUCUCUCGUCCCAAGUAGACAAGACGUGGUACUAUUGAUCCUCGGGCCAGUCAUCCAUUAGGCAUCCAUUAAGAUCCAGAGUGAUAGACAAAUGUGAAUUACAAUUACAAUAAUUCCAUCAAAGAGCUGCUGAGAUAAAGCACAAGUCUGUAGCUCAGCGAGGAUAAGGAUCAGCCGAACCCCCGAGAUAUUGCUGCAGCCACACUUUAUAUUGCUGAAAUAAAAAGGUCUAAAGCAAUAUCUCAGUGUGCCGAGAGACGUCCUUUGGUGAACUCUGGUGCUUUCAGGCAUUAAGCCCUCAGCCCUCUCUUUCACCACUCUGCCAGAGUUCUUCACUAUCAAAUAAGAAUCAGCAAAAGGGAACCUGAGUCUGUGCUCUGACUUUAAUGCGCUCUCUGCAGCCAACGCGAUGCGCUUCCCAGACUCCAGGAUGGAGCUGUCACCACCAAUGCCCUGAAGUAGUUUCUGUCUGGCCCAGUGAUUUCCCAUUCUCCGCCGCCUUCCUUCUCUUCCUUAUCUGGUGUUUCCUUUCCCAUUUUUUAAUUUAGUCUUUUUCUUUCUUUCCCUGGCCAAAACUUUCUGCUGAGUGGAUUAAUUUUAAGCAUGAUACAGUGCCAUGAGAGAAGCUCUGUGGAGCGGUUUUAUUGUAGACAAGUUCAAAAGUAUUUGUUUAACUGAGAUAUGUGUUUAAAAUUGCACUCGUGAGCUUAUGGGCAAAUGAAAACCAGAGUUCCAAUGAAUAAUUUUAAACCGUAUGGCACACCAGGCAAAUUAAAUACGCUUUUCUCUCCUCCCACAACACCAGAUGUUUAGGUUUGUGCAGCUGUUACCAUAGGUGAGGCAUGCACAGCAACAAAUGCCUGAGAUGUUCACUGAGAGCACAGCUACGUCCCAGUGUCCCGCUCCCUCUCACAGUGCCUGUUGCUUUUUGUGUUCCUCCUCAGCCUGCUGUGCUUCUGAUACACCUGCUGCCAUGGCCCAUGAUGCCUGCUGGGCAAGAGGCAGUCACGUACCCGCGUCGGUGCUGCUGUGACCCUACGGCUCCUGCACUGCCAAAGGCUCGUUCAGGCACCGCCAGUCCAGUGAAUCUCUUUCUGACUGGGAAAAUAGAAAGUGCUGUUACCUCACUAGUUGCUUGCAGUGGAGAACUCGAACAGCACACAGAGAGACGGGGCGUCAUCUACAGCCCUUCCUGGCCACGAAACUAUCCUCCAGCAGUAAACUGCAGCUGGUACAUUCAAGGAGAUCGUGGAGACAUGAUAACAAUUAGUUUUAAGAACUUUGAUUUAGAAGAAUCUCAGAAAUGUGCAGUAGAUUGGUUGAUGAUUGGCCCAUCUUCCAAGAGAGAGGAGUACAAAGUAUGCGGAUCUUCCAUACCUCCAUCCUUCAUCUCUGCAAGGGAUCAUGUUUGGAUAUUUUUUCACUCAGAUGCAUCAAGCUCAGGACAGUCUCAGGGAUUUCGCCUUUCUUAUAUUAGAGGAAAGAUCGGCCAGGCUGCAUGCCAGUCAGAUGAAUUCCAUUGUGCAAAUGGAAAGUGUAUUCCCAGUACUUGGAAAUGUAAUUCCAUGGAUGAGUGUGGGGAUAACUCAGAUGAGAGAAACUGCACUGUUCCUCCAACAGAGCCUCCGUCCAGCAUCUGUCCCUCAGGAACGUUCCAGUGCAGUGUAGCCCGCUCCACCAAGUGCUUGAUGAACGAGCUGAGGUGUAAUUCAGUUAAAGACUGCAGCGAUGGUUCAGAUGAAGAUAACUGUCCUGAUCUUUCCUGUGGCAAAAGGCUGGGUAAUUUUUAUGGAUCUUUUGCUUCCCCAGACUUAUUCCGUGCUGAUCACAGCAAAUCAGACCUUCGUUGCACGUGGUAUGUGGAUACACAAGAUAAUCGACAUGUUCUGUUGCAGCUUGAUUUGCAGUUAGGCUACAAUGACUACGUAAAGGUGUAUGAUGGCAUUGAAGAGAGAGGCGAUAAAUUACUGCAAACAUUUUCGUUUCACAACAAUAGGCAUCCGGUGAGCGUGGAGUCAUCAAAGGGCCAGCUCACAGUCUCGUAUCAUGCUCGCUCAAAGAGCACUGGCCAUGGAUUCAAUGCAACCUACCAGGUGAAAGGCUAUUGUCUUCCUUGGGAACACCCCUGUGGAAGUGAUGAGGAGUGUUUCACGGAUAAGCAACAUUGUGAUGGCUGGUGGCACUGUCCAAAUGGCAAAGAUGAGGAGAACUGUCCAGCUUGCCAGAAGAAUGAAUAUCCAUGUGAAGGAAACAGUGGGCUUUGCUACUCAAUACUUGACCGCUGUAAUAACCAAAAGAACUGCCCAGAUGGCUCAGAUGAAAAAAACUGCUUUACUUGCCAGCCAGGGAAUUUCCAUUGUGGGACAAAUCUGUGUAUCUUUGAGACUUGGCGCUGUGAUGGUCAAGAAGACUGCCAGGAUGGAAGCGAUGAGCACAACUGCCUGGUGAUUGUUCCCAGGAAGGUCAUCACAGCUGCUCUGAUCGGGAGUCUCGUGUGUGGCCUGCUGCUGGUGAUAGCGCUGGGUUGUGCAUUUAAAUUAUAUUCCCUGAGGACUAGAGAAUACAGAGCAUUUGAGACCCAGAUGACACGACUUGAGGCAGAAUUUGUGCGUCGGGAAGCUCCACCUUCCUAUGGGCAGCUGAUUGCACAAGGACUGAUCCCCCCAGUUGAAGACUUCCCUGUGUACAAUGCAUCACAAGCCUCCGUGCUGCAGAACAUCCGAACAGCCAUGAGGAGGCAGAUGAGACGUCACUCGUCACGACGAAGCUCGUCUCGGCGACGCCUUGGCCGACUCUGGAACAGACUCUUCCACAGACCUCGGGUGAGAGGACAGAUCCCGCUCCUGACACCUGCCCGCACUUCGCAGACGACGUUGGGUGAUGGAAUCAUCAACCGCGCUGAUGGGACUGUCAGGAGUUCUCCGCCUUCACCUGAAGGACCUAGUUUAGAGGCAGACGCCCACGCCAGUGACCUGCAAGAAGCUGGAUGUAGCACCUUGCAGCCGGAGACUGAAAUCACAGAGCCAUUGCCUUCGAAUGUCUUAGAGAACACUUGCACUGCUGCGCAAGCAGAGCCUGAGUCUGGACACACUGAUAAAUCUGUAGGUGCUGAGACCUCGGGCAGCGAGCUCAAGCAGCCCAAUAAAGUGGAUUCAGGAAAGUCUUUCAGAGAUCCUUUGUCUGAAAGUGUCACAGAAGCGAUCCAUGGAGGGUCAGCACCCAGGAGGACUGUCCUAGAGGGCAAUAAUUUAAGUAGAAGUCAUCCACCAAGUGAAGAGCCAUGUAGGUUACCCUUAAAGUGGGAGUCUGCUUAUUCAGAUAGCCCCUUGAAUGUUCAUAUCCAAGUGGAUGGACAAAGCCAAUGUUGCCCUGGCUCCCAUCGGGAGGAGCCUUUGGGUAUUCAUGCGGCUUGUUGCCAUUCCGUGGAAGUGCCAAUGUUAGAGUCCUCUGCUCCCCUCUCUGAAAUCAGUACAAGUGAUGAUGAGUCUUUACUUGUUUGCUAGUAGAAGCUUUUGUUUUGACCCUGUAAACUUUGUAAUUUCAUUGUUUAUAUGACUGUGCACUUUGAUUUUAGGUGGUUUCUGCUCUCAGAUUGUCCAUCAAAACUGGUGUGCUUUAAUCCCCAGGAGUACAGCACAGGACUAAAUGGGACAAGUUUUUCUUUGUUGCUAUUCCUGAAACUCCAGUGGGGGCAGAAGUAGGCCAGUAUGUGAUGUCAGGGGCUCAGAGAGCAAGAAUAUGUCACUGUAGUUGGGAGGCAUCUCCACUGUUUAUUUCUUCUGUGCUUUAUUUACUUUCCAUUCAGGGAGUUGGUAUUUCUUUACUUUUUCAAGUGGUCUUACAGGAAUUAACACUGUUGGAACUUGGAGCAGGCACCAGUUGUGACUGUGAGUACCAGUCGAGAAAUAACAUUGUCCUUUUAGGCAUCAUUAUUUAACUAAAAUUUAAUAAUAUCAUUAAAAUGUUUGAGAGGAAAUAAAAUCCUUUGUUGUUCCCUAUUUCUAGAAGUAGCUUGCUUCCUUUGCUCCCUUCAGAAAUGUUUUGAUGGCCAUAUAGCUCUUGAAACAUCCACUAGAACCAAAGUUUCUGUAUAGAGUAUGCAGAACAUUCCUGUCUGCUAUGGCUUUGUAGUAAGAGAUCAGCAAUGUUCAGUACAAGUGAAAUGCAUUGAACCCCAUUUGCAACAAUAUUUUUCAGUUGUCAUAUGUUACUCUUUUCAAAGGGAUGUAGCAAAGGUUGAAGAAUCGCUUGCUGUCUUCCUACCCUUUUUCCUCUCCUCCCUUCUGAUUUCAGGGACUUUUGUGAUUACACCUCUUUGGUUGUGCUCUGAAGGUUUCUGAGACUUCACAGCUAGCUGCAAUAGGAAGCACUGAGCACUUGGUAACUGUCGGGAUUGGAUUCUUUAUUUUGUAAUAAAAUCUACUUCACAAGGUUUCUUGUAAAUCUGCUAUCUAGGUGCAGCUUUUUGAAACUUGUUUUUCUAGUCAGUUAUAGGGGUUUGCUUUUACUUUCUGUUAAGAACUGAAGUAGGACAGUGCCAGUUUCAAAGCUGACACUGUGUGAAUUGUAUACUGCUUUAAACUGGUGCCUUUUUGUGUUUUUUUUUUUUAAUUUAGAGUGCAAUUAGAAGCAAGCAAGAUAUUUACCUGAAAGAAGGUGGAUAUUACUGAAGCAGGAAUGACCUGGUGCAGUCACAGCUGGUUAUGGUCUGAUAGUUUGGCCCUGCUGGUGGUAGGAUGGUGCCAUGAAAUAGCGUGGGCCAGGCUUCCCCCCGCCCUUUUAGGAGCUCUGUUUUGGCCCUCUGAUGAGGCAGUAACAAACUGGAAUGCUACAUACAGAAAUUAACAAAGAAGUUAUCUCAGCUGUUCCUCUGUAAGUAUCCAAGUGCUCUGAUGCUGUUUAAUGCUGUAGGAAUUCAACUUGCCUGAAGUUAUUAACUGGUAACUUCAGCUUGUAAAGCUGGGGUGGACUUGAAGUGGGGUGUUUUUGCAGGCUUUUGCAGUGAACAGUUCACAUUGAAGUGUCAGAGAUGUUUUUUAAUGGACUGUAUGUGCCCUGAAUCUUCCUCUAGGACUUCCUGUGGGAGUGCUUUAAAAAAAUAAGCAUUAAGACUUUUGCUUUACAGAAAUGUAAUGUGAAGGAAUGACUUUGAAAUUACUUUUUUGUUUUCAGUUGCAAAUUGGUUUCAUAGUGUGUUUUCCAGAGGCGGAAGAUUCAAAGUCUGUAAGAGCAUAGAAAGGAUUGUAGCAAAAUGCAUAAUGAGCAAGAGUCAUAGUUACAUUAAGUAAGUACUACUCACUCAUUUCUUCUCAAGUGCUUUUGUGAUCAGAAUUCAUUUCAUCAAGGAAAAUGAAGCUUUGAAAGAUGCUAAUUUCAUAGCAUUUAUAAACAUUUUAAAUGCACUCCACCUUUGCUGUGUACUGUAGUCAUCAUGCUGCCAGAUUGUUUGCAUCGAAGGCUGCAGGUUUUAGUGUCAUCUUUUUUUCCCGGAGGUAACUUUAAAUACUUAGUAGUUUUAUUUGUAAAACAGUAAGCCUAAUCUUAGUGGGGAGGAGGAUUGUUUCAGGGUUAAUAUUGUGAUGAUAUGAAGGAUCUUCAGAAUAAGUGUUUAUUUAAUUCUCUUACAGAAAUGUAUUACUAUAGAAAAAUAAUUUUGAUCAUACUAUGCCUUAAAUUAUCAUCACUGUAAGGCUCUUGAAGUUAAAAUAUGUUGAAAUGUUAGAGUUGAAAUAUAUACUUUAAAUUACUCUAUAUUCUGGGAACAACCCUGAACUGUAUUUUCUUUUAAGAUGUAACAACAUAAUUUCUUACAUAUAUAAUGCAUAUUUUGUGUACUGAUCCAUUUGGUAACUCAGCAGAAAUUUCAGUGAGAAGGAUUUAUAUUUAGAAACUGACAAACAUCCAGGUUAAUGAAAAUUUGAUGCUUGAAGUGUACAGAAAUACUCACAGCCAUCACUGCUGGAAUUUACAGCCUUGCAUAAAUGAGACAUACAAGCCUGGUGCUUUUGUAAACACCUAUGUUUUGUAUUCUGCAAUGGAAUAUUCUCUCCUAGCUCCCCUAGUCCAUUCCUUGGAGGCAAGAGUCACUUUUGCAGAAGAAACGUGUGCAUGUGUGCUGUGGGGACAAACAAAUGUGUUGAAAUGUUGACACUUGAUGGAAAACUCAGAGUCUGCCUUAGUAUAUGUCUACCCCUCCUUUCUCCACCCCUUGUAAGCAUUAAGCAGAGAACUGACUGUCAUUGAAGCUCACCCAGCUUCUGUUCCACGCAAGCUGCCUCCGUAUAUUCAGAACUUACUAAAAAAGAAAAAGGUGGAAAACUGCUACUAUGCCAGAAGUGUGAACAGAAAAUUUCGUUCUUUGCUCAGUGGAAAAUUAUGAUUGCACUUCAAUGACUACGUAACCUAAUGAGCCACUGAAUUUAUCUUUUAAAAAAAUAUUUUAAGAAUGCUUUUCUGCGUUAAGUAUUUUCAUAAAAGGGAAAAAGUUUUAAAAAAGGAAACAACACCAAAAAACCCUACAAAACUCCACUGUCCAAUCUCCCUAAAAAAUAGCUUCCUAAAAAUAACUCUGAAUGGAGAGGAAUAUUUAAGCCUUUUCCUGAUCUAAGAAGAACCUCUCACCGGCAGCAUCACGACUAAAGUGUUCUCUUACUCUCUUAUUGCUAUUAAAACAUGGGCUGUAUUUCUAUUUGAAAUUGCAACACUUUCCAGCUUGUGUAUGACUCUGUAACAUCCCUUAAAUGUACUUGUUUUCUGUUCUCUGCCUUUUUUUUUUCUUUUUUUUGGUAUGUGUGUGUUGUAUAUAUUCACUGAAAUACAUUUUACCAUAAUGUGUAUGUACAGAUGUAUGGUUCAGGUAUGGCAUCGUGGUUACCUGUGUUUGCUGGUUCCUGGACAAUGAUACAAUACAAGUAAGAUGCUGGGCAUCAUCAUACUUUGCUCUUGCUUCAAUCUCUUAAUUUUUAAUAAAAUUUAACGUGUCCAGAGA